UCAUGUAUUUGAAGAUAUAAACAUAUUAUAAAGUUUGUCAGUCUACCCCUAAAGGUGUUCAGCAGCUGAUUGGUACUAGCGAUCCCGAUGCCACAAAACGCAAGAUACUGUUAUGCGCGUUGUGUGAAUUUAACACCACACACAAAAAUAGUCUUACAAGGCAUAUGUCCAGAAAGCACACCUCUGUUUAUGAUGUUUUUGAAUGCGAUCAGUGUGGCAAGAUUUAUAAAAGCAAGGACACCUUGAACGAUCACGUUCGAGGGUACCAUAAUGGAGAGUUUAAGUGCUCUCAAUGCUUGAAAAAACUCUCCACCAGAGGAAGCCUCAGAAAGCAUGAAUCUCAAGUACAUGGAAAUAAGGAAGGUCUAAAAAUUGAGUGUGAUUUAUGUGAGGAUAGAUUCCGUUCGCAAGAGCAUUUGGAGGGACACUUGAAUAUGCAACAUCGCAGAUACGCUCCAUUUAAGUGCAACACGUGCAAGAAAUCGUUCCACUACAGACACUCAUUAACCAAUCAUCAGGUGACAUGCAAAGGGGGUCAAGUAAAGUGCCGAGAGUGUGGAGCUACAUUUACGUCCAUGUCAGGAAGAAUAGAUCAUUAUAAUGCCAAACAUGGAGAUACCGUAUACAAAUGCAAGGCAUGUGACAAAACAUACCCUUACAGAGCAUCACUGAGCAAACAUAUGAAGAAAGCUGGUCAUUAAACACACUACAGUACUUUAGUACUUUAUGGAGAAAAUAUUGAAUGACCAUGCCUAUGGCAAUGGUUACAAUUUGAGUACUUUUAUUUUUUACUUUUGAAUAGCAGACAAAAAUAUUUAUUUUUACCUACAAAUGAACAGUUCAAUUGUAUUCUUGUGUGGAUAUUAAAGUAGUGCCAUGUGUGAUACGAGAAUGAUAAAAACAGUUGAAUAAAAUGUCCGAUCAGAGCAUAACAACAUAAUAUAGAAAAACAGAAACAGACAAACUAUGAUUGGGCACUUUUAAUUUGACAUAUAGCCAUAACGAUAUGAUUAUGUACAGUAUAUGUACAUCAAGUUUUAUUUCAACUAGUUUUAGUUUUUAUUUACUAGUGCUAGAGUCACUGGUCA